AUGAGUGCGUAUCGGGUGCACCAUGGCUACCCCGCCGACGGGUUUUCCGGCGAGACCACGCCGUCGAGGAGUCUGCUCACGUGGCUGCAGAGCGUCUCCACGACCGACGUGCUGGGGGCGACCGCGGAGCCGGUCGUCGUGCACGCCGCCAAACCGAUCCGAGACGACGACGACGGGGGGGAGGAGGGCGGGGAUCUCGACGGGGACGCGGCAGCCACGCAGCCCUUCUCCUCGUCACGCACGGCUCAGAUCACCAUCCUUGAGGCACCAUGCCGUAGCGCCGAGGUGACCCUGCGCGAGCUACGCGAGGCCCUGCGUGCUGCACGCUUCCAGAUGAUCCAAGGGCUCAGCGGAAGACCGCUGCAGGCCCUGGACCUUGGGAGGGAAGUGGUUUCUCUCUCCCACGAUCGCCCCAAUCGGGAGGAAUCCAUUUCCUUCCGAAAAAUUGCUCUGUCCUACAUCUCAUCCCCGAUACCCGGGAUAUUCACGCCUGAGGAGUACUCAAUGGGGCAGGGGAGGGUGACGGCACGGUCGCCUUCCUCUACAGAUGUGGAAUCGCCUCUUUGGGAGCUUGUGAAUCGGUUAAGAUAUACCGUACUUGAUAAAUAUUUCAUGCCGAAUGCGGAAAGCCAGCCGGCGCCUGAGCGCGAUCCGAAGUCCGACAUUGAUGUAUCAUUAGGCUCCUUCAAGUCUGCCGAAGUUCAAGUCGGUUCAACAGAUGGUACCUUGGAAGUCACGUCAAGUAUGCCACAUCUUAUGGAUGAGUCGUCUCAAUCCACACUUAUGUUAUCGGAAAGGGAGUUGAAUCCGUCGAAGCUCAUUGGACAGGAGUUGCUCGCGAUCAAACAUCUCAAUAUUUCGGAAGAGGCUAUCAACUACCAGAUCGCGGCUCAGAUGCCAAUGGAGAAGUACUUGGUAACAUAUGUGCUCCCAAGCCUGACGCCAGCCUUGACGGAGGUCGUGAAGCUGCGCCCAGACGAUCCGAUCACCGUCUUAGCAGACAUUCUGUACGAUUACAAGCGUCGUACAGACGUGUAA